AUGUCUUUUCAAUCUCCUGUUUCGAAGUGCAGAACGACCAUUGAAGGUCUGGGCACGCUGGAUGGUCUCCAAUAUGCCAAUGGAGUACAGCAAUUUUGUGGAAUUCCAUAUGCACAUCUUUCCAAGCGCUGGACGCGUUCAAAACUGAAGACUUGGUGGGAGAAUAAUCACCAUGACGGAACCAAGCUAGGGAAUGACUGCCCAAGUCCAAUCGUCGACGGCGACGAUGCAGACGAGUUGGUUCCAGUUCCACCAUCUGCACAUCUACCAUCAAUUCAGUCCGUCGAUGAACUCUCCGGGCUGGUCAUGAAUAUUGUGAUCCCACACACGCCGAAGGAACCACUCCCCGUGUUCGUCUACGUCCACGGUGGAUCUCUCCUCUAUGGCGGCGCAAACCUACCCAUCUUCGACGCAGUCAAUCUAGUCUCGCGUAGUAUCUCAAUCAACAUGCCUAUCAUAUGCAUCAAUUUCAACUACCGCGUCGGGAUCGGCGGUUUCCUCGCCGGUUCAAGCAUUGCCCGUGAACUGCAGGACGAUGGAUAUCACGGGAGUGGUAAUUUCGGAUUCACCGAUCAACAAGUCGUCUUCGACUGGGUCCAAACAUAUAUCGGGUCUCUGGGCGGCGAUGCCAAGAGAGUGACUGCGGUAGGCGAAUCGGCCGGUGGAAUCUCAAUCAGCAAUCAAUUACUCGCUGCAAGACCACCAAUCUUCAACCGUGCCAUCUGCAUGUCUGGUCUGUCACCUGCGAUCCCUGCUUGGACGAUGGAGCAACAUGAUAGCUUUUUCGAGGCUGUUUGCCGACAUUUCGAUAUAGAUCCUGCUGGCAAUGCGAUAGAGAAACUGCGGGCUAUUCCACAACAGGAACUGGCCAAUGCAUCGCCUGCUAUCCAGGGUGUUCCGUCUGGUACGGGGAAUCCGUGUCUUGAUGGGUGGUUUUAUCGGGGGGAUCCGCGCGACACACACGUUCCUCCAUCUUGGUUGGAUGGGUUUAUGAUUGGGGAUGUCUAUCAUGAAGGCGUCAUCUUUCACAUCAAUUUGUUGGGUCAAACUUACACUUCGAUCCGACGAAUUCUGCAACGAUACAUUGACGAUGAUUCGAAUACCGAUCAGAUUCUGGCUGCGUAUGGGAUCUCUGAGGAUCUAGCACAGGAUGCUCUGUUAGAGCGUGUGGAGCAUAUGUGCGGCGAUGCUAUUUUCAAAAUCCCCAAUUAUGCAACAGCGCAGGAAUGCCGUCGCCAAGGUUGGCUGCGAGAUAAGCUAUUCUUGUAUCAUUUUGAUCAACGGUCUCGGAUUCGUAACUCCUUUGAAGGCACGGCAUAUCAUGCCCAUGAAUUGCUUUACUUGUUUGGGAACUUGGAAAAUGAAAUGGAUGAGACCGAAAAAUCGAUGGCGCGGGAGUUUAGUUCUGCCUGGAUUCAAUUUGCAAAUGGGGUUGCGCCGUGGAAUGGAGGUGAUAGAAGGUGGAUGGUUUGGGGACCUGAUUGCCGAGGCGAGGUGAAGACUGAGGCUGCAGAUGAGGCUGUUAGAGACUAUGCUCGCAUGGAUAUGGUCCUGGGGCUAGGGGACUGGAGGCAAUGGCUUGCUGCGGUAGAUGCCCUUGUCAAUAGACGGCAGUGA